CCCCCUUGGGCUCCGCUGGCGUGGCGCUCGGCUGACUCACUUCCACGAAGGAGCCUUAACUUAAUCGCUCGUGGCGGGUGGAGGGUCUCGGGAAAGGGCAGAGCUGCGGCGUGGUCGUGGGCAACAUUCCUCUCAGCGGCGCGACUAAACCUGAGCACAUUUUUUUGACACUAGAGCUCAUGUAUGAUGGCUGCUGACACAUCCAUGAGGACUGAGCUGGAGGAACUGCAAAGACGAGCCAAUCAGGUGACAGACGAGUCCCUGGAGAGCACACGUCGCAUGAUACAGCUGGUUGAAGAGAGUAAAGAUGCAGGGAUCCGGACUUUGGUCAUGCUGGAUGAACAAGGAGAGCAACUGGACCGCAUUGAUGAGGGUAUGGAUCAGAUCAACCAGGACAUGAAGGAAGCCGAGAAAAACCUCACUGACAUGGCCAAGUGCUGUGGCCUUUGCGUCUGUCCUUGUGCCAAACUGAAGCACUUUGAAAUGGGUGCAGCCUACAAAAAAGUGUGGGGGAGCAACCAGGACGGCGUGGUGUCCACCCAGCCAUCCUCACGUGUGGUUGACGAGCGGGAAAAGAUGACCAUGAGUGGCGGCUACAUCCGCAGGGUGACGAAUGACGCACGGGAGGAUGAGAUGGAGGAGAACCUCGCUCAUGUGGGCAGCAUCCUGGGCAACCUACGGAGCAUGGCAAUGGAUAUGGGAAAUGAAAUUGACACGCAGAACAUUCAAAUCGAUCAUAUCCAAGAAAAGGCAAUGGUCAACCAAACCCGCAUCAGUGAAGCAAAUCAAAGAGCUCACAAACUCAUAGCUAGAUAAACUGGGAUUAUAAAAUAGGAAUGAAGAAUGAACUGCUACUCUCAUCCAUACAAACUCAUACACAUCAGUAAACACACACACA